CAGCAGAUUAGUUAUUAGUAAUUGAUUGAAUAUAAUGAUAAUAUGAAGAUUCUUUGUGUAGCUGAAAAACCUUCCAUUGCGAAAGAAGUAAGUAGAAUCUUGAGUGGAGGGAAUUUCCGUACUAGGAAUUCUAAGAAUAAGUACAUUAAGAAUUAUGACUUUAAAUUUAACUUUCCUAGAAAAGGUCUGUGUGAUGUAACUAUGACAUCAGUAGUGGGACAUUUAACUGGAGUAGACUUCCCUCCUGCUUAUAAAUGGGGGAAUUGUAUUGCAGGUAAAUUAUUUGAUGCAGAAAUAGUUGAAAAAGUUAUGAAACAAGAUGUAUUUGAUAAUAUUGUUAAUGAAGCUAGAAAUUCAGGUCAAUUAAUGAUUUGGACUGAUUGUGAUAGAGAAGGUGAAUAUAUAGGUUAUGAAAUAUUUAAGGCAGCAUCUAAGGGGAAUAAUCGACUAGCCAUUGAGAAUAUAUGGAGAAGUAGAUUUAGUCAUUUAGAAAGAUCUCAUAUUAUUCAAGCAGCUGCAAAUCCAGUAACUCUUGAUUUGAAAGCUAUUAAUGCUGUAUCAUGUAGAAUCGAACUUGACUUGAGAGUUGGAGCUAGUUUUACUCGACUUUUAACGGACGCAUUAAAGAAUAAACUGGUUAUAGAUGCAAAGGAUGUUGCAUCUUACGGAACUUGUCAAUUUCCAACUUUAGGAUUUGUGGUAGAUAGAUAUAAAAGAGUUAAAAGUUUUACUCCAGAAAAGUUUUGGCAUAUUCAAGUUGAACUUGCUAAAGAUGGAGUUAAAACUAACUUUAAUUGGACCAAAGGUCACUUUUUCGAUCGUUUAUAUGUAAUGAACUUAUAUCAAGAAUGUUUGAAGCAUAAAGAUGGAAAAAUCAUUAAACUAGAACAGAAAAGAAGAUCAAAUUAUCGACCUUUACCAUUGACUACUGUAGAAUUACAAAAGGAUUGUUCUAUGUUUUUUAAAAUGAGUGCUAAAGCAGCCUUAGAAGCAGCUGAAAAAUUAUACAAUAGAGGAUUUUUAUCAUAUCCUAGAACUGAAACAGAUACAUUUCCGGCCACUUUUGAUUUUAAAGGUACUAUUGAAAGACAAACAUCUGAUUCUAGAUGGGGUGAAUAUGCUUCAAGAUUACUCACAAAUGGAAUUGAAAAUGCUCGAUCUGGUAAUAAGAAUGAUGAAGCGCAUCCUCCUAUUCAUCCUGUGAAUUAUGUAAAUAUUAAUACAUUAACAUCUGCCGAUGAAAAAAAAGUAUAUGAAUAUGUUGUACGAAGAUUUCUAGCAUGUUGUUCAAAGGAUGCUAUAGGUCAACAAACUUCAGCCACUUUACUAUGGGGAGAUGAAACAUUUACAAGUUCAGGAUUAAUGGUUACUGAAAAGAAUUAUUUAGAAAUUUAUACUUAUAAGAAAUGGGAAAGUUCUAAACAAUUACCAAAAUUUAUUCAAGGAGAAGUUUUACCAAUUACUGGUGGUAUUAUAAAGGAAGGUAAGACUACUGCUCCGAAUUAUAUGACAGAAACAGAAUUAAUUGCAUUAAUGGAUGCUAAUGGUAUAGGAACUGAUGCUACUAUUGCUGAACAUAUUGAUAAAAUUAUUAAUAGAGGUUAUGUUGUUAAAGAGAAAAAAAAGGGAGAAAUAAUUGUUCCAUCACCAUUAGGUAUGGGAUUAAUUGAAGGAUUUGAUGGUAUGGAUUUUGAUAAUAUAUCAUUAUCUAAACCAUUCUUAAGAAAGAGAUUAGAAACAUCUUUACAACAAAUUGUAGAUGGGACGACAACAAAAGAUGAAGUGCUCGCUGAACUUAAGGGACUUUAUAAGCAGGCCUUUAGUGUGAGCAAUCGGAACAUAAAUCAAUUGGUUAAUUAUUGUAAAACGGUAAUAAGCGAAAACUCAUAAAUUAUAUAGUUUAAUACAUCGCAUUGGUAAAAUUGCGCAC